AUGCCCGACCUACAUUCCCUACCCGAAGGCACCUGGCCUGAACAAGCCAUUCGCAACAAUGGACCAGACAGCCUCGUUCUUGAGCGCGCCAAACUCCGCGAGCUAGCUGAAGGCUGGCCUUGCUACCGCGAUGCCUGCGAAUGGGAGAACUUCAAAUCAAUCUUCCACCCAGGAGCAUAUGUGUAUACUACAUGGUCCGGCCGAGUGUCUUACUUGGAUUUUAUGGCGGCGUCCCAAGCCGGCAUGGACAAGGGGGCAUUCAUCAUGCACCGAUGCCAUGGAGUGACGAGUGACAUCACUCCGGACGCUACCCGCGCUGUCACUAAGAUGAAGGCUACGAUUACACAGCGAUUCACGAUUGACGGUGUAGAAGUGGACGCGGAGGCAGAUUGUCGCUUUUGCUUUUUCUUUGAGAAAAUUGACGGCCGCUGGGGUGCUCGCUUUGUGAGACAUUGGUAUGAGAAGGACAAGUUGUUGUCUGUCAUUCCGAAUCAUUUCCCAAAUAUUGAUGUGGAGAAGCUCAACUCUUAUCCUGAUGGAUACAAGUGUCUGGCAUAUUGCCAGGAACUUACCAUGGGGGUAUCAGUUUUAAAAGAUAUGCCUGGUCAUCGGCGACAUGCGGGGACUGCUUGUGGGGAUAAACAUGAUUUGUUGUAUCGGCUUGCUAAGGAUUGGUUGGAUGGCAAGGAGAUUGAGGUGUAG